AUGAAUGCUGCCAGUGCUAUAUCUUUAAGUGUGCCGACAGAUGAUGAUGAUGCAGAUGGUGAUGCAAGUCCGCAGGAGGAUGGAGAUGAUGUUAGCAUGGCAUCAAAUACAUCUAAGCCAACUAGAGGACGGAAGAAAUUGAAGACUGGGACUGGUAUUCGUUUAUCGCCUUCUAAGACCAAGAUAAAGAGAGGAAAGAGGGCUGGUUGUUGGAAGUAUUUCAAGGAGAUACAUGUUCAAUCUGAGAAGGAGUUUGGUGUUAUAAUGACAAAGGCUAAGUGCAGAUUCUGUCAUAAGAGUUAUGUAUACCAUCAAGGGGGAGCAACUUCACAGCUGAACCGCCACCUUUCCCGCUGCACACAGUUUCUGAACAAGCUUGCUAAGGCUAAAAGACAACUUGCUCAAGGUACACUCAACUAUGUUGCAGAUGAUGGUUGUAUUGUUGUUAAUCCUACUGAAUAUGACCAUGAGCACACUAGAAAAUUGAUUGCAAAGAUGAUAAUUGUCCAUGAGUAUUCAUUUAGGAUGGUUGAGCAUAAAUGGUUUAAUAUCUUGAUGAAGUGGAUGAAUAGCAACUAUGAAUCUAUUGGUAGGAAGACUAUUAAAAAUGAAUGCAUGAAAGUUUAUGAAUCUGAGAAAGAGCAGCUAAGGAAGAGUCUUAGAGAGGCUGAAUCAAUCUGUUUGACUACUGAUUUGUGGACAUCCAAUAAAAAUGUUCAGUACAUGUGUUUGGUGGCACACUACAUAGAUAGUGAUUGGGUUUUGCAAUGCCGUGUUCUUAACUUUCUUGAGGUAGAUCCUCCGCACACUAGUUUGGUGAUAGCUCAUGCUGUUUUUGAGUGCUUGGUGGAGUGGAAAAUAGAAGAUAAGGUUAUGUCAAUCACCCUUGAUAAUGCUUCAAAUAAUGAUACUGCUACUACAAAUUUGUCAGCCAAGCUGCUUACUAGAAAGAAUGGUCAGUUUGAUCCCAAAUAUUUUCAUGUUCGAUGUGCUGCUCACAUAGUCAAUUUGGUGGUUAAUGAUGGUCUAAACCAAAUAGAAGGUCUCAUAAGUGACCUAAGGAAUACUGUGAAAUAUUUCAAGAGGUCUCCAAGUCGCCUAUACAAGUUUGUAGAAGUUUGCAAUGAUUAUUCUAUUGAAGUUGGGAAAUGUUUGUCUCUUGAUGUUAAAACAAGGUGGAACUCAACAUAUAAAAUGUUUGACACUUGCAUUGAGUAUAGGUCUGCAUUUGGUUAUUAUGCUCAAGUAGAUCAGAACUAUGCAUGGAAACCUACAGAAUCUGAAUGGAACAUAUAUGAGAAGAUUAGACCAAUUCUAGGAGAGAUGGCUGGAGCAACCACUGCAUUUUCAGGAUCAGUUUACCCUACUGCUAAUGUGUUCUACCCAUACAUUUUGAAAGUCAAGAUUGCAUUGUUAAAGGCAAAAAAAUUCUAA